AAAGUCUAAUCCUAUACUGUUGAAAAAGUCAGACUCGGAUCCAUUGUGGUGCUUGAGAGCCGGAGUAUGGUAUGGUCGGAGAGGGAUAAGGAAUUGAAGCAACGUAUAAAUGCUCAGUCUGCAAAGGGAGCCGAACCUAAAAUAGUAAAACAGAAACUUUAACGAGAAAGGACAUACGAUAAAUAAAUUAUCCGGACAUAGUCAAGAAAAAGAGGGGCAGUGCGUUGACUGGAAGGACGCGACAACAGCGGCGGUGGGUUUAGCGGAGCGGCGCGGAGAAAUGCUCUUGUCAGAAAUGAUGCCCACAUACAUGAUUCCUGCUUAUUUAUUGUUUUCAUGCAACAUUCGAAGAUCGGAUUCAGUUUUGUGACUCUCUUGUGUUUUCACGUCGUGAGUAUACUGGAUACAGAACUACGACCACCCCCCCUGCCCCUUGCCCCUCAACCCAGCCCCCAAUUCUAAGUUGUACGAAAUAAGAGGAGCCAAAUCGAAGAACGGACUGUUCGUGCAUCAAGUCCGAGGAGGCAACUGGCAUGGAUAAUUCAUGUACACAAAAACUAAAGUGAAAAGGGAAUUAAAAAAGCCUUCCAGAGACGGUUAUGCGAGGGUAUCUCCGAGGGGAGAGACCGUUCCAGAAGGCAACUUCAUGAGUUGUGAAAGGCUGCUGCAGUGUUUCUUAUUAUGGAAUUGUUGACAUCCUGAGAAAAUGGGGCAUUUUACUGUCAGAAUUCUACCAGAUGAAUUUACCACAUCUGCAGGAUAAAAAGAAGAGCAUGAGUGAGAAUAAAGUGAUUUUGCUGAUCUCCCUGACAAUGGAGCUCUGAGGCACAUCCAGAUAUUUCCUUUUUUUUUUUUUUUUUUUAUUAAAAUAUAUAUAUAUAUAUAUACUACGAUGCUUUGUGAGACCAUGCUACGCUUUAUUUCCCUCAAGUUUGGUCGUCUGUAUCGAUGUUUAAAAUUCCUCUUUGUUGUUAGCUUGUUUGUCAUAUUGGUAAUGAACACUCACAACCUGUUUGCCUCAUUCCAGAAGAAUGAACUCACGGACCGCCGCUUUGUAAACCUCAACAAGUGCCCAGCUUGCUUUGGUACAAGUUGGUGCCGUAAGUUUAUGAAUGGGCAGAUCUCCUUUGAGACAUGGGGACGUUUGAGAUUUCUUGACUUUUUCAAUGUGAAGAAUGUUUAUUUUGCACAGUAUGGUGAGCCAAGGGAAGGUACCAGACGCAUUGUCCUUAAACGUUUGGGUUCAAAUCAGGAGCUAAUGGACAUUGACCAAAAGAUUUGUAAAAGAGCCACAGGACGGCCUCGCUGUGACUUAAUACAAGCAAUGUACAAGACAGAAUUUGCCCGUUUAAAUGGUGAUGUGCGAUUACUGACACCAGAGGUAGUUGAAGGGUGGUCAGAUCUAGUGCAUUGUCCUUCUCAGAGGCUGCUUGACAGAAUUGUAAGAAGAUAUGCAGAAACCAAGGAUUCUGGAAGCUUUCUUCUUAAAAAUUUAAAAGACACUGAACGCAUGCAGCUCUUAAUGACUCUUGCUUUUAAUCCGGAACCCCUAGUGCUUCAGAGUUUUCCAUCUGAUGAAGGCUGGCCUUUUGCAAAAUAUCUCGGAGCCUGUGGGCGAAUGGUUGCAGUAAACUAUGUUGGAGAAGAGCUUUGGACCUUUUUCAAUGCUCCAUGGGAGAAGCGAGUAGAUCUUGCCAUGCAGCUAAUGGAGAUUGCAGAGCAGCUUACAAACAAUGAUUUUGAGUUUGCCCUCUACCUACUUGACGUUAGCUUUGACAAUUUUGCAGUUGGAUCUCGUGAUGGCAAAGUGAUUGUUGUGGAUGCAGAGAAUGUCUUGGUGGCAGACAAGAGAUUAAUCAAACAAAAUAAGCCAGAGAACUGGGAUGUGUGGUAUGAGAGCAAGUUUGAGGAAUGUGACAAGGAAGCUUGCUUAUCUUUUUCAAAAGACAUCCUCUGCUCCCGGGUCACUGUAGACCACAACUACUAUGCCAUCUGCCAAAACCUCCUCUCUCGGCAUGCUACGUGGCGGGGCACCACUGGUGGCUUGCUGCACGACCCUCCAGUUGAAAUUGCCAAAGAGGGCCUGCUUGAAGCAUUACUCGAUGAGUGCACCAACCCAAAAAAGAGAUCUGGUCGAUUUCAGGCGGCCAAAGAAUUGCGGGAAUAUCUCACACAACUUAGCAAUAAUGUGAGGUAGUUAAAGUAGAUGGCUGAUUCAGCCCUUGUUUGUCCUAUUUUAGGGACUUGGUUAACAGUCCCUCCAUCUGCUGCUUUUGUGCUCCAAUUAAAAACUUCGGUAAGCACAUGAACAAUUAAAAAGUGUGUAGUUUUUUUCCCCCCCUACAAAACUUUUGCUUGGAUUUUGUUAUUCAAGGAGAAAGGUCACACAAGGAUUAUGUUGCUGGUUUGAAGAACAUACUGUAUAUGAAGAGUAUGAUUUAUUUUUUUGUUAACAAGGAACAAUCAGAUUUGUGAUGGUAAUAUUAAAUAUCCACAGUUAGCAGAAGAUUUCAUUAAAAAAAAAUCAGUUGAAUUCAAAAGAAGAAUCGUCAGGAUUUUUUUAAAGUGAUAUGUUAGACAUUGUUCCUAUAAUGCAAAAAAGGAAUAUGAUAUUUUGCAAUAUUGUACAAAUUGUACUGUAAAUAUGUUAAGUCUUUUGAAGUCUGCUUAAAAUGGAAAAAAUAUAGUUUUCUGUUGUAUUAUUAACAUGCAUCACAUGAUAACAGACCAAGGAGAAAAGGUUUAAAAAUAAUUAUCUUCCCAUUAUGAUUUCAGUUGUACAACCCUGAAUAAGUCAUAGUACAUAACACAGUGAAAAUAGCUCAUUUAUAAUGUUUACAGUUUGUGUGUUAAGUAGCUGAUUUAAUAUUCUGGGAAGAAUAAAAAUGUAUAUAUUAAAGCGGAGACAAUUUCAAUAUCUGUGCAAAGGUAUGGGAAGUGUUUUGUAAGAAAAAGGAGCGAUAAAGGUUUGUCUGCUCCCACUUUUGCACAUGUACCAAAGACUCUGAUUCUUUUAAUAUCCUAGUUUUGUUUAAAAUGCCUUCCUUGUGUAGUCUUCAUCAUCAGAGAACAAUGGGAAUGGGAACAGUCCUCUGCCCAGAGGUUAUGUAAUGGAAGCUCCACACUACCACAUCACUAUCUAAAAAAAACUGAUUCACUUAAUAAAUGGCUUGUUGAAGUGGCACUUGCUUAAGAAAUUGACUUUGUGGUUUAACGGUUGUGCGGGUCAAAAAUAUUGCAGUUCUAGUGCAAUUUGAAAUUCAUUACACUUUAAACGGCGGUGAUGAACAAUUUGAUUAUAGCUCCAAAUUGAUACAUAGUUUAGCAGCAUAGGAGCAAGAUUGCCUUAAAAUGGAGAGGAAUUAAUUAAUCUUCUGAACACUUAUAUUUUUUUUGUCCCCUCUUUAUCAUAAUAGUAGACUACUAAGUUUAUGGUUGUAUCUCUUGCACUUCGUUAAUAAAGUCAUGACUUCCACAAAACUUUUGCCUGCUUUUGUAAAGCACAGAGCUAAAACAAAAGGUGCUUUUAAGCGUACUUGUUCUGGCCUAAUGGAAAAAAAUGGAGGUGUGUGUUAAGUUUGUAGAUAAUAACUUACUAUUAAAUGAUCUGGGUGUUGUCUUUUCUCCCUCUCUUAGUGCAGAGAAAAUUUAAUCAUGCUUCAGCAGAAAGCAAUAAACCAUAUUUUCAAGUCACUUUGAAAAUAAAUCUAUCCUUUGGUGUUGCGUAUGUCUUUUUAUAUUGUUUGUUCUUCAUUGGAUUUCAUUUUUCUUUAUCAUAAAACUGUCACAGACAAUUUUCCAAUGUGAAUGGAUAUUGAAGGGGAAUUUGUAUUUGCAUUGAUGACUGUCUGCUUUUGUACUGUAAUUUUUCAUUUGAGUAUUAUAUCAGAAUUGUCUGAUUUUUACUGUGCCUUUCAUUAAAGUUGUGCUUACAACUUUUAGUGAGUUUAACUAUUAAAAAAAUAUAUAUCUACA